ACUUAUACAUAUGCUCAGCCGCAGUCGCAGCAGUUUCAGCAUCCUUUCUACAUUUUUGGUCGUUCUCCUGCUCAGCAACAGCAAAAACAGCAGUAUCAUCAGCAGCAACAGCAACAGCCUCAACAGCAACAACAGAAACAACAACAACAACAACAACAACAACAACAACAACAACAACAACAACAACAACAACAACAACAACAACAACAACAACAACAACAACAACAACAACAACAACAACAACAACAACAAGAACAAGAACAAGAACAAGAACAAGAACAAGAACAAGAACAAGAACAAGAACAAGAACAAGAACAAGAACAAGAACAAGAACAAGAACAAGAACAAGAACAAGAACAAGAACAAGAACAAGAACAAGAACAAGAACAAGAAAAAAAAACAAGAACAAGAACAAGAACAAGAACAAGAACAAGAACAAGAACAAGAACAAGAACAAGAACAAGAACAAGAACAAGAACAAGAACAAGAACAAGAACAAGAACAAGAACAAGAACAAGAACAAGAACAAGAACAAGAACAAGAACAAGAACAAGAACAAGAACAAGAACAAGAACAAGAACAAGAACAAGAACAAGAACAAGAACAAGAACAAGAACAAGAACAAGAACAAGAACAAGAACAAGAACAAGAACAAGAACAAGAACAACAACAACAACAACAGCAACAGCAACAACAGCAACAGCCGGGUAUUAUUUUUCGGCCUCCAAAUCUACUUAACAGCACACAGAUAAAAACCACUAUACCUUUUAACGGACUGGCGAGGCGCCAGGAGUGGCAACCCCAAAAGCAAAGUGGCAGGGCGGAGGAGGAGGAGAAGGGGGAGGAGGAGGGUGGGGAGGAAGAGGAGGAUGAGGGGGAGGAGGACGACGAUGACGACGACGAGGAGGAGGAGUGGGAGGAGGAGGUGGAGGAGGAGGGGGUGGGGGAGGAGGAUGACAGUGAAGCCGAGAGAUCUUCCUGGAUAUGCAAUCAGCAUCCAUAUGAUGGCAAUGGGAGAUGCAAGACGAAGGGCGGGGGGGGGGGGGGGGAGGGGGGGGAGAGGAAAGGAGAGGAGAAGGAGAGAGAGGGAGAGAGAGAGAGAGAGAGAGAGAGAGAGAGAAGAGAGAGAGAGAGAGAGAGAGAGAGAGAGAGAGAGAGAGAGAGAGAGAGACAGGAGCGAGAGAUAGAGAGAGAGAGAGAGAGAGAGAGAGAGAGAGAGAGAGAGAGAGAGAGAGAGAAUGAGAGAGAGAGAGAGAGAGAGAGAGAGAGAGAGAGAGAGAGAGAGAGAGAGAGAGAGAGAGAGAGAGAGGGAGGCAAUGGGGAAUGGCAGUGGGAGGCAAGGGGAAUGGCAGUGGGAGGGGGAAUGGCAGUGGGAGGCAAGGGGGAAUGGCUCGGCAAAGGCUCGAUGAACCGUGGAGAGGAAGAUGCCGAGAAACCUGUGGAAGACGAUGGGGGGUGCCCGGAAGAUGUCGAUCCCAUGAGCGAUGAGGAAGACGAGGAGGAGGAUGGUCCUGAUGGACCCAGCGAUACAGAGGACGAAGAGGUGGCAUCGGAGAGCGAGGGGGAAAAAGACGAGGCGGGGGGCGACGAGGGUGACGAGGACCCUGAGGAUGACGAGGAUGACGAGGAUGACGAGGAUGACGAGGAUGGCGAGGAUGACGAGGAUGACGAGGAUGGCGAGGAUGACGAGGGCGGAGAAGGCGAGGAAGACGAGUCCCGCACGGAGGCCGAGCAGCAGGAGGUGGAUUGGGAAGAGGAUGAGGAGCGGGCACUUCUGCGACCCCCAUGUGUCUGACCAGUGUUAUUGAGUCCGAAG